AUGGAAUCAAAACCUUGUGAAGCACAUGAAGACCUUUUACCAGGCAGUGGCGUCGCACCCAGCGGAGACUCACUGCCUUUUGCCAUCAGUGCCGCCUUCCCUGAUGGCUCCAUGGAGAAGGCCCCUCUUCCUGCCCUCCCGAGCUUCAUUCCCACCCCGGCUGUCACCACCUCUGCAUCCAGAGACCUGGCUCCAGCAGUGGCCCCACUCAGGCUCACUUCUAGCAAUGAAUUGCAUGAGAAACAGAAGUUUUAUCUGCGGCAGUCAGUCAUCGAUCUGCAGACCAAACUCCAGGAGAUGCAGAUGGAGAGGGACGCCAUGGCUGACAUCAGACGAAGGGAGAGUCAGUCCCAGGAGGAUCUGAGAAAUCAGCUUCAAAAUACAGUUCAUGAACUGGAAGUUUCCAAAUCCCUUAAGGAGGACAUGCUGAAAGACAGCAACUCACAGAUAGAGCAGCUACGGAAAGUGAUGCUGAGUCACGAGGGCGUGCUCCAGGAGAUUCGCUCCGUCCUGGCCGACUUCGAAGAAGGCUCAGGCAAGAAAAUCUAUGAACACGACAGCAUAUCUACUAUGCACUUCCGCAACUUGGCCUCAGCUAUUAGUAAAAUCCUAAGAGACUUAGACACAGAGAUUUCUUAUCUUAAAGGGAGGAUAUUUCCAGUAGAGGAUCAGCUUGAAGUACUGAAAUCUGAAUCACAAAGCAAAAUAGAACUACUUCUUCAACAGCAUCAAGACAGGAUUGAACAGCUGAUAAGUGAACAUGAAAUUGAAAUAACAGGACUUACCGAGAAAGCCAGCAGUGCCCGCAGCCAAGCCAACAGUAUCCAGAGUCAGCUGGAAAUCAUUCAAGAGCAAGCAAGAAACCAGAAUUCCAUGUAUAUGCGUCAGCUCAGUGAUCUGGAGUCUACCGUCUCUCAGCUGCGUUCUGAGUUAAGGGAAGCCAAGAGGAUGUAUGAAGACAAGAUAGAAGAGCUGGAGAAGCAGUUGGUCCUUGCCCACUCAGAGCUGACUGAGGCACGGACAGAGCGGGACCAGUUCAGCCAGGAGUCUGGGAACUUGGAUGACCAACUUCAAAAGCUGCUGGCUGACCUGCACAAACGAGAGAAAGAGCUGAGCCUGGAGAAGGAGCAGAACAAGCGUCUGUGGGACCGAGACACGGGCAACAGCAUCACCAUCGACCACCUGCGGCGGGAGCUGGACGACCGCAACAUGGAGUUGCAGCGCCUGGAAGCCCUGCUCAAGGCCAUGAAGAGCGAGUGCCAGGGCCAGAUGGAGCGGCAGAUGGCAGCAAUUCAGGGAAAGAAUGAAAGUCUGGAAAAAGUGUCCUCCUUGACUGCUCAGCUAGAAUCCACCAAAGAGAUGCUCCGCAAAGUGGUGGAAGAGCUGACAGCCAAGAAGAUGACCCUGGAGAGCUCGGAGCGGACGGUGUCAGACCUGACGGCCUCCCUGCAGGAGAAGGAGAGGGCCAUCGAGGCCACCAAUGCCGAGAUCACCAAGCUGCGCUCCCGAGUGGACCUGAAGCUGCAGGAGCUGCAGCACCUGAAGAACGAGGGGGACCACCUCCGGAACGUGCAGACUGAGUGCGAGGCCCUCAAGCUGCAGAUGACGGAGAAGGACAAGGUGAUCGAGAUCCUGCGGCAGCAGAUUGAGAACAUGACGCAGCUGGUGGGCCAGCACGGGCGCACUGCCGGCGCCAUGCAGGUGGAGAAAGCCCAGCUGGAGAAGGAGAUCAACGACAGGAGGCUGGAGCUGCAGGAGUUUAAGAUUUUGAAAGAUAAAAAAGAUGCAAAGAUCCGGGAGCUUGAAGCCAGAGUAAGUGACCUGGAGCUGGAAAAGGUGAAGCUGGUGAACGCAGGCUCCGAGCGGCUCCGUGCCGUGAAGGACAUCAAACACGAGAGAGAUCAAUUAUUAAAUGAGGUGAAGACUAGCAGGAAUGAACUGAACAGUAUUUCAGAGGACUAUGAAGUCUUAAAAAGGAAUUUUCGAAACAAAAGUGAAGAAAUGGAAACUACUACAAAUAAGCUGAAGAUGCAACUGAAAUCUGCACAGUCUGAGUUGGAACAGACCAGAAACACACUGAAGUCCAUGGAGGGGUCUGACGGUCACGCUAUGAAAGUGGCAAUGGGGAUGCAGAAGCAAAUCACAGCCAAAAGAGGUCAGAUAGACGCCCUUCAGAGCAAGAUACAGUUUUUGGAAGAGGCGAUGACAAAUGCAAAUAAGGAGAAACACUUUCUGAAAGAGGAAAAGAAUAAACUCGGCCAGGAAUUGAGUAUUGUUGUAACAGAAAAGAACAAGAUGGCUGGGGAACUGGAGGUCCUGAGAUCUCAGGAACGCCGUUUAAAAGAAAAGGUUGCUAAUAUGGAAGUUGCUUUGGAUAAGGCGUCUUUGCAGUUUGCAGAAUGUCAAGAUAUAAUACAGCGUCAGGAGCAAGAAUCUGUGCGUCUGAAACUUCAGCAUACCUUGGAUGUAAAAGAGCUUCAGGGCCCUGGAUACACCUCAAAUUCGAUGAAGCCACGCCUGCUCCAGCCGGCAUCUGUGACCCGUUCCCACUCCAAUGUGCCAUCUUCCCAGUCCACAGCCAGCUUCCUGUCUCAUCACUCUGGGAAAGUGAACCCACUGAAGGAAGAUCCCACGAGGGACUUGAAACAGCUGCUCCAAGAGCUGAGAAGCGUAAUCAACGAGGAGCCGGCCAUGCCGCGGGGCAAGGCGGAGGAGGACACCAGCAGCCCGUCCCUGGGAGGCGUAGAUGAUGGAAUAAGAGAGUGCAUUACUGAAUCAAGCCUUAGAUCAGACAUAUGCCGGAGAAGCAACAACUCAUUAAGGGAUUCCACAGAAUGCAGCAAAUCAAGUGAAACUCUUAGUAGAGACCCAGUCACGCUACACACGGCAGACAUGGAAGAUCCAUCCAGCUGCUUCACGUUCCCACCCACAGGAAGUCCAUCCGUGAAGAACUCUCCCUGCCGUUCGUUCAGCUCCUCUCCUAAGAAAUCCCCAGUGCACUCGCUGCUCACCAGCUCAGUGGAGGAGUCAGUGGGCUCCGUGUCACAGUACAGGUGCGGCAAACCUGCUCAUUCCUCCGAAUCUGUCAAAGAUUCACAGUCUCAGCCAAUAGAAACAACAGGAAAAACAUGCAGGAAGCUUCAGAACAGACUGGAAAGCUUGCAAACUCUGGUAGAAGAUUUACAGAUGAAAAACCAAGCAAUGUCUUCAAUGAUCAGAAAUCAAGAAAAGAGGAUACAGAAAGUGAAAGACCAGGAAAAAAUGUUACUAAAAUGAUUCAUUGCUUGCCUAUUCUUUACAGAGAGAUGAUACCCAAUUAAUUGUGGUGUUACUUAUAAUUAGUGCCCUGUGUACUUUUUUCUUUUUAUGUGAAAAUUUAAUAAAAGAUACCCUAUCCUGUAAACUCUAUUUUGAAAUAAAUUAUUCUUGA